AUGUCUUUGUUAGUUUCGUUCGAAACGCUGUCCAUUCGGGACAAGAUCGACCGGAUCGAGACCGUCAAGCAGUGUGUUUUGGGUAAUGAUAAGGAGAAGAUCAAGAUCGAGCCCAAUUUCCCGCUGUUGCGGUCAAUUUUAUUGGAGGAAACCAACAAGACUAUUCUUAAAGAUACAGCCAUUAUAGUGCAAUCGUUCAGUUUUCUGCGCACAAACAUCGAUUUGUUGGUGAAAUACGACAUUUUGCAAGUUCUCAUGAAAAGUACAGUAAGAUACCCGGCAUUGUUGGCGGAGAUAAACUUCCGAACCAUUCUGGACUUGCUCUCCACGAAUUUGGUGGUUAAACCGUCAAUAGACGAGACAUACGGCCAAUUUGUGGACGUUGUGCGGUUGGUUCUGAAUAGUCCAAACUCUUCCAAGUCGCUGUUGUUCGAUACGUACUUGUUGAUCCCGUUUUUCGGGAGAUCUCCCGAACUAUCCAAAUUGUACGUCCCGCUAAUGAGACGUAUAUCCAUCACGAUUUCGCCGUUGUUUAAACAUCUUUUGGACAUCAAUUACAAACGCAACAGUCUGUUCGUGCUCAACAAGUUUAGAGAAUGCGUGGAGUCGCCCGAACUGCCGUCAGAGAAACUGUUUGAACUGUACGCCAACGAGAUCAGCCCCGCGUUUUUCGCCCUGUCGCACAUUCUGUCGCUGUUGGACGAGGAAACAAGUCUACCGUUGCCGCUCUACUUUGUUCUCACUGCCUGUUUGGGCGCUUACAACCUCAACCUCAAACUGAGCAGCGUCAACGUGCUUGUCCAGUACACUAAACGGUUUGCACACUCGUCCAAGGAAAAAUCGGUCAAUUACGUCAGACUGGCCCAGGCGUUGGUCAAUCUCAUCAGCAGAACAAAAACAACCUCGUCGCCACAGUACACACUCAACUCCAGCUACAAGAUCCCUCGGUCGAUGUCGCCAUUGUACCUGUUGUCGCAAAUCGCCGAGGAAGACCCGUCAAAUAGCGACUAUCUUGUGGACACAAACUUCUUUGCCACCAUUGCCAAUAUUAUCACAUCCAACUACUCGCCAGAAACGUCGUUCAUGGACGAAGACACUCUGUACAAGAUCUCGGACUCGUUGUUGAUCAUGAGCUGUAUUGGUGGACUCAGAGAGGACUACAGAGAGCUGAUUAUUAAGUUUGACAUUGCGCCUGUGAUUUUGGACUCCAUCUCCAGACACGCCAAUAUUUACGCCGAGAUGGAGUCCACGACACCGACACCAAACGAGAUCGGCAUCCUGAGACUGUCUAAUCGGAUCACUCUUUCCGGAUGCUAUCUGCUAAGAUCGCUGUCUAGAUCGGCCAGCUUGUUGAGAACGUAUUUGGUUGAUCUGAAACUGGUUCGCAAACUGGUGGACUUGCUGCACAUUCCGGACGACAUCAUCGAGAACUGUCCCGAGGAGCUGAAAAUGGACGAGAUCAGACUCAAGUCUGUGGUGCUGGGGAUUGUCUCGAACUCGAUCGUGGAGUUUUCCGCCGUCAAGCAGGAACUCGCCUCGGACGAGCUUUCUGGCCUGUUGCGCGACUUCAUCUACGACUCAAAGUACGACACGUUGCGGAUGAACUCGCUGUGGGUGAUCAAGAACUCGCUAUUUGGUGGCAACCGCGAAUCCAAGGAGAACUUCCAAACAACCGUCUCUUUGGACAAGAUCUUUGAGCUCUGUGGAGACCCGAACGAACGAAUCCAGGAACACUCGUUCGAUAUUCUAAGAAACCUGGCUGUUGGCCAUUUCAACUACGCCAACCAGAUCGUGUCGUACUUCCCCGAGUCCAGCGUGGCCAAGUCCCAGGGAUACGCGUCGUUCCUGGACUUUCUGCUAGCCCAUCUCAACCAGACCAGAAAUCCAGACGUGAUAGUUUCCAUCGUGUACGUUGUUGUGCAUCUGGCUGCUUCCAACGAGAGCAACCGGUCGUUGAUCAUGUGCAACCGCGGACUUUUGGAGAAACUAGUGAGUUUCCUGGAAUACUCUGAGAACAACGCCGAUGACGAGGACGACUGGAAGAUCCGACUUAGUGUUGUUUGGGCAGUGCUCAAUCUAAGUUGGCGAGAAGAAACCACCGGUUCAGAUCUCGACACCGACGAAACAGAUCCCGUCGAGGAGAUGGAGGUGGACGCGUACGAAACCACAAACUACAAACGGUACCUGAGUCCGAAAAACCGGGCACUGCGGCUGAUCGAGCUCGGGUUCUACGAAGCCAUUCGCACGUUGAACAACCAUUGCACGAUUUCCGACUUCAAAGAGCGCGCACGGAUGGCCAUCUUCAACCUCGUGCUCUACGACAACCGCGACAAGACGGUCUAG